CGCAUACCGAGCGCGGGCGCAGGAGAAACUGUGCGUUUUGCAUUCAAGUCUCAGUUGUAAAGCAACUUUUAGGGUCAUCAAACGCUUUAUAGCGACCCUUUUGUAACUUUACGCGUCAAAUAUAUUGAUUUGUGUAUCAAAAUGUCGAAAUCGUGUUAUUAAAAAGUGUCUCGGAGUUGUUUGGUUGUGUUGUUGGAAUUUGAAUCGACAAAAAGCUAUUUGGAAGUGGUCGCCGCGAGUUGUCACUGUUACCAUGUACUUUGUCAUACAUCGGUAUCGACGUGUAAAUUCUGGUUAAGUUACAAAAGUAAGGCUUCGUGCUUGUGUUGGUUAAAGUGAAACUAUGGUUGUUUCGUGAGGUGUGGUAUAUUGAGGUUUUUAUUCAGUGCUGGAUAUGGAAGGAAUGCUUUGGAGGUGAAAAAUGUGCAAGAAUAUUUUCUAUGUGAAAUCUGUCAGGAAAAAGUGGAGUACGAAAUAGAUCUGCACGAUGUCAAGCGGGGGUUGCUCCGGGCCGGGGGUGUGCGGCGGAGCGCGGCGCCGGCCCCCGCCGCCGCCGGAGCCCGCGCUGUCCCUCGCGGCGGACCUCAGCGAGUUGAGUCUGGACCAGGGCUACCACACGCUAGCAGACUGCGGCCCGCCCAGAAGAAGACGAGAUAACACGCUCAGUGAUGCCCUUUGGUUGAAGAUCCUUUCGUAUUUAGAUAUAUCGGAGCUAUGCCGCAUGGCACGCGUAUGCCGCCGCUGGGCGCGGUUCGCGGCGCGGUUGGCGGCGCAACCGGAGCCGUGGCGGCGGGUACGUGCAGCCGGCGCAUUGGAGUUGGCAGCGCGUUGCGCCGGUGCACGCGCAGGUCCCUGCGUCACCGCGGCAAGAGAAUGGCGGAUCAAAAAUUGUGUGGUGACGGUACCAGGGGCACAGCUCCUAGCAGCGACAUUCAGGAAUCUAACGCACCUAGCGAUAACUGGCGCGGCCAGUAUGGAUGCUAGAGCACUCGCCCCUAUCGUCACGGAUCUGGUGGACUUGAGGCACCUUGAUCUCACUGGAUGUCCGAACGUAGACUGGCCUGAGUGGGCGUGGCUGGAGAGCAGGCUGGCAACGAGAAGACCUCCCGUGGAAUACAUAGACUUGACGGAUUGCGGCGGCGUGAGUGACGCCGGACUCUGCGCGUUACUGCACACCUGCCCCUCCCUGCAGUACCUCUACCUUAGACGGUGUAUUCUAGUCACAGACGCGGGCGUACGAUGGAUCCCGUCGUAUUGCGCGCUAAAGGAGCUGAGUGUGUCUGACUGUACGGGCGUCACAGACUUCGGCCUGUACGAGCUGGCAAGGCUGGGCCCCGCGCUACGAUACCUUUCUGUCGCUAAAUGCUCACAGGUGUCAGAUUCCGGUAUAAGAACAUUAACGCGCCGCUGCUACAAGCUGCGGUACCUGAACGCGCGCGGCUGCGGGGCGGUUGGCGACGACGGCGUGGAGGCGAUUGCCCGCGGCUGCUCCCGGCUGCGCGCGCUCGACCUCGGCGCUACUGAUGUCUCUGAAGCUGGCUUACAGAUCCUCGCACGUUGCUGUCCUAACAUAAAGAAGUUAGCUCUGCGCGGCUGCGAGCUGGUGGGUGAUGACGGUCUGGAGGCGGUGGCAUACUACUGCCGCGGCCUCACGCAGCUCAACAUACAAGACACGCCGGUCACGUUGCGCGGAUACCGCGCCGUCAAGAAAUACUGCAAGCGAUGCGUUAUUGAACACACGAACCCUGGAUUCUGCUGAUACCGUGUGUGAGUGAAAAAAACAAUACAAUGCUAAAGCACUUAAAGUGGGGGUUACAUUACAGUGGACAAGAUAUAGUUUUCACAAAUAUGUUUAUAAAGGUGUGGACACACUAAAGUGAGAUAAUAGAACUCAAGAAUAUCUUUUCUUUA